AUCAACGUCCUUCUUCCUAUGAGACUAAGGGUUAUGGGCACACUAAUAGUAACUGUGUUUUAGCAGCCCAGAGUUUCAAUAAAACCAAUUUAUAACUCUGCCACCUUGUAGCAAGUUAGAAAAUUGCUUUAAAAAUUAAUGUAAUGUCAUCCAUGCAGAAUUAUUUCCUGUACCUGCAAGUUUUUAAACCUAAGGGGAGGCAAAAAAUAAAUACAUCUGACUUUUUGUUGUAUGCCUUCUGGCAAUGUCAGCAGAAGAGUGUGAUUUUUCCUUGACCUUUUACUUCAGGUAGGAGAGGAGAUCUACUAGAUGAGAGGUUUCAUCUGUGUGUGAGACAUACUCUACUGUGCUCAAGGCCAUGGUCUCAGAACACCAUACAACAUCUACACAUCAGGACAAUGAAUGUGUCCAACAACUGCAGUGUCACAAAUCUAGAACUGUAUCACCAUGUUCGUCUCCUUGAAUUUGUUCUGUAUAACCUCAUUUUCUUUUUUGGAGCACUAUUUAAUGCCGUUGCCCUCUGGGUGUUCUUCUGCAAGAUAAAGAAGUGGACAGAAACCAGGGUGUAUGUAAUCAAUUUAGUCUUUGCAGACUGCUUCGUCAUCUGCACCUUGCCUUCCAUGGCUUAUUUGCUCUGGAAUAAGUCAACCCGAGAAGAACUCUGCCAGUUUAUAGAAGCAAUGUAUUUUAUCAAUAUGGUAGUGAGCAUCUACACAAUUUUAUUUAUCUCCAUUGAUUGAUACAUUGCUAUAAAGCACCCCUUGAAAGCCAGGACCCUCAGGUCUCCAUCAAAGGCUGCCCUUCUCUGUGGGCUUCUGUGGCUCUCCGUGAUAAUCGGUGCCACCUUACAGCUUUGGCAGAGACAUGCCACUCUCUGCUUUCAGAAGGACACCACCUCACCCACUACUCUGGGCCUGCUUUCCAUUUUCUUUGUUUUUACUCUUCCAUUAGUAAUCUUGACUUUUUGCUCCCUGGAAGUAAUCAGGAACCUUAAGAAACAUCUGAACACAAAUUCACCAGAGGAGAAAUUAAUCCAGAAAGCUGUUCACAUUAUUUAUGCAGAUCUGAUUGUAUUUCUAAUAUGUUUUCUGCCAGCCUACCUUGGGGUACUUGGCAGGUUCAUAAUGGAGAGAAUCGGAGCUACCUGUUUCCUGCUCCUGGUUAUGAAGAACUUCUCCUCCGUGACAAGGUGUAUUGCCACGUCCAACUGCUGCCUGGAUAGCAUCUGCUACUACUUUGUGACCAAGGAGUUCCGUGAAGCCCUUCUGCUGCCCAAAUCCAGCACUGAAAAAACAGAUCAAAUCCACCCCUCGCAGACACACACUUGCUAAAGGAAGGGGGGUGGGGGCAGGGGGGACAAAAGCCACCAAACCCAAAAACCCCACCACAACUCUGUAAUAUCAAGAGAAGAUACACCUUCAGCAUUACGGGGAUAACUAUUGCUCUUUCUCUCUAGGGACAUCUUUGUUAAGUUUAGCAUUACUAAGUAAGUUCCUUGCGAUUUAUACUCUAUGCUUUUAUUAAACAAAUGAGUGAUUUCACAGA